AUGGUUCCCUUCCUUCUCUUGUUCUCUUUUGCUUUCACCCCUCACCACGCUGAGACCAAAAGCAGUCUCGGAAGUUCGCAGCAGAUGACGAACUCGCAAUCGAUCCUUUCCAGCUCGACCAAAGACCGGUUGAGGAUCAUACAGAAGAAGUAUGAUGUUCCAGGUAUUGCAGUUGAGAUUGUCGCUUACCCUCCUAAUUCAGUUCCAUCAGCUCAGGAUCGAAUCAAUAAUGGCAUUGUGAGAGUAUUGGGAAGUGAUGAGGCCAUCGUGAAGGAAGAUGUGAUGGGGGUGUUUGGUGGGUUCUGCAAUUGCGAUCCGAUGACUUACAGGCGUAUAACCGAAGGUCAAGAUCCGGAGAUCAGUGCUGAAGGAUGGUUCGAUCGUGUGGGCAGGGAUUGA